CACAAUUCUAUAGUCAUAGAAAUGAUCUAUAAAAAUAAGGAAGUCCAAAGAGAGUAGUAAGAGAUUAGACCAGAAAGCCCUUUGGAUGAACAUAGGAGCUGCUUGUCUGUAUGGAAAGCCUCCAGAAUUCAUUGCUUUCAAGAUCGUUUCUGACCCGGAUUUUCUAAAGAUUUUUUCCCCUUAUCAAAUAAUCAGAGAAAAAUUGCAACAGGAUGGAAGGAAACCAGAGCAGCUCAGUUAAACUGCUGGCAGCGAGUGAGCCGGGGGUGGAUUUCAGAUGUAGGAGAGGAUGAAUGAGGAUGUAUGAGGAUGAAUGAGGUGUCCAGGGGGUGGAAAGCGCCUGGGACUCAGGAGUGAUGGUUUUUUUCAGCUUGGCUUCAAAGCUGGUUGUGCAAAUAUUUGUUUUUCAGAAGGAUUUUUAAAUGGAAUGUUGAUAUUACCUGGUUUGAACUGAGGAGCCCCGCACAUUUCAGACUUUAUAUCUCCUGACCAGGAUAUGAACCUGUCAAAUGUUCAGACGGUUACCUGAUGACUCCAAGUGUGAUUCUUUAAAAAGAACAGCUGGUGUAGGCUGUGUGUAUGGUUAUCAUUGGAAUCUUUUGAAACUGCUGACAGUCGUGACAGAUAUUCAUACGAUUAAUUAUGAGAGCAUAUGAAUUUUAAUAUAAAAAUGACGAGAGAGUAAACGAAUGACUGGUAAACACCAGGCUUCCAUGGUAAUGUGUAUAAUCGGUAAUAAUGUGCAUGGUAAAAACUUUCCACAAUAAGACAUUAAUUUACAUCUGAAACUUUGUUAGUAGACAUUGUUUUUACCAUUAGUGACGUUACCCAAUAAACGAUGGAUUACAAAUUAACUUUCAUUAUACGUACUCGGAGAAUCAUACUCCAGUACUGUAGGUACCUGACUGCACUUUCCCGUUAAAAAAAUCACUGUGAAUUUAAAUUGAAUUUCAAAAGAAAAGUACACAUCCGUUAUGUAUGUUGAACAUUUAAAAAUAUGAAGAGAUGUAUUGAAACAAUAAUUUGACAUAUACAAUAGUCUAAGUCUAUCAAAUUCUUGGUGUUGCGAGGGCAUCAAAUUUAAUAGAAAAAAAAACCUAAAUACGUUACAUUUGUAAAUUAAACUACAGAUGCAUAAUCCAGCCGCUUUCUUUAUCGUGCAAUAAUCAUACAUGUACGACUUUUAUUGUGAAAACAGAAUUGUAACUACCGGGUGAAAGUUCAUCCUUAAGGGCCGUUCAGUGUUUUGCGCGGAGUUCAAAGAGACAGUCUUAGGCGUAUACACAACGUGGAUGCUUGAAAUACAAGACAGUAUAUUUAAUUAUUACCAAAACAUGACUGCGUUAAAAACGGAAUAAUUAAUUAUGUUCUAAUUUGGACUGUACGGCCGGAACAGCGGGUAACUUGUUAUUGAUAUUGUGUAGUGAGUCAGAGUAGCAUGUGGGACGCGGAUGAGAUUGCCCGUCUAUGCUACGACCGCUUCAGUGAACUGCCUAAAAGAGGCAAACCUGAGCCGAAUAGGGAAUGGACGCUUCUGGCUGCAGUAGUCAGAGUGUCCGCGCUGCAGACUGGUGACCCCGACCGAAAGACAACUGUAAAAGAGGUGGUAUCGUUAGCGACCGGCACUAAAUGCAUCGGCCAAUCAGCCAUGAGUCCCCGGGGUGAUGUACUCAAUGACAGCCAUGCUGAGGUCGUUGCCAGGAGGGGCUUUGUCAGAUAUCUAACAGAGCAGCUGCGGAGAGCAGUGUCUGAGGAGAAAAGUGAGAUUUUUGUGCCUGCCGAAGAGAAGGGGAAAUGGAGGCUUCACCACAGAGAGUCCUUUGUGUUUUUCUGCAGUCAUACACCAUGUGGAGAUGCCUCCAUCAUCCCCAAGGUGGACAAUGAACCAGCCCAGCCCUGCAAGCCAGUAAUGGUAGAGCAACCCAGAGUUGGUGCCCAAGAUGUGUUAGGGGACCCAGAGUUUGGAGCUGAUGGUAAACGCCGUAUUGAGGAAGAGGAAGAUGAAGCAGUGAAGCGCCCCAGACUAGAGGAGCAGGACCAUGAGAGAGGAGCUUGUGGAGAGACACCAUGCAGGGAACAUGGACAGGCCCAAGACAGUCCCAAUGCAAAGGCCUCACUCUCUGACUGCCCUCUGGACCACACCCCACCUCCCAGCUUCUUUCAGGAUCGAGCCCCGCCCCCUGACUGCCCUCGGGAUCUAGCUCCGCCCCCUGACUGCCCUCGGGACCGAGCCCCACCCCCUGACUGCCCUCGGGACCGGGCCCCGCCCCCUGACUGCCCUCGGGAUCGAGCCCCGCCCCCUGACUGCCCUCGGGAUCGAGCCCCGCCCCCUGACUGCCCUCGAGAUCGAGCCCCGCCCCCUGACUGCCCUCGAGAUCGAGCUCCGCCCCCUGACUGCCCUCGGGAUCGGGCCCCGCCCACUGACUGCUCUCAGGAUCGGGCCCCACACCCUGACUGCCCUCAGGCUCCACCCCAGGGCCACCUUCAAGAUCAGGUUUUGCCCAUGAACCUACCCCAGGACCUGCACCGGACAGGGGCAAAGUGUGUGCCAGGUGCUCCCAGAGACCCGCAGGGCCCAGGCGUGGGCUACCACAGUGUGGGAGUGCUGCGAGUGAAGCCGGGUCGGGGGGAGCCCACCCUCUCCCUCUCCUGCAGUGACAAGCUGGCUCGCUGGGGAGUGCUGGGCUGCCAGGGUGCACUGCUCUCCCACUACCUGCAGGGGGCGAUCUACUUCAGUGCUGUGGUAAUAGGGAAGUGUCCAUACAGUCUGCAAGCCAUGAAGAGAGCACUAACCGAAAGGUGUUCACAUGUGACAGGCCUGCCUGACGGCUUCGAGGUCUGGCAUCCGCAGCUGCUGCAGUCUGGCCUGGAGUUUGCUCACUGUCACGCACGAACGAAUCACGCUUAUAGGGAGGCCCUGGCCGGCCGGCCUGCCCUGGGCAGGGUAUCUCCUUGUGGGGCUGCGAUCAGCUGGUGCGCCGUCCCUGACCGACCACUAGAUGUCACCUCGAAUGGCUACAAGCAGGGUGUGACCAAGAAGGCGCUGAGCACGUCACAGGCCAGGUCUCUCAUCUGUAAGGCUGAAGUCUUCCGGUCUUUCUUGGCACUCCAGGCUGCUACUGUGGACACCCAGCUCCCAGAAUCUCUCAGGGCAAGGGAGCUUCUGACCUACGGCGACUACAAGCAGGCUGCGCAGGCGUACCAGCAGGCCUGGCUGCAGCUGCGCACGCAGGUGUUCCCGCUGUGGCCGCGCAGUCCCCGACAGCUGUUGCAGUUCAAGUGAAAGGCGCAGGGUCAGCGUGCAUCUGAACCCGCAUUACGGAUGGUGCGUUGAGUCACGGAAGCACCCUAAAGAAGCCAUCGCUCUGGGCCACACGUGCAAUUCAGUCUUACAUGCAGCUUUGGUUUAUAAGAAGCAGACAUGCUGUUUUUCUAUUUAUUUUAUUGGUUAAUUCUUCCAACUACCUUACCUUUCAGUUAUAACUUAAUCUUAAAUAUAUUCAUAUAACUCCAAAAAAAAAAAAAACAAAACAAAACAAAGGUUAAUAAGGAAAUUUUAAAAAUACUGAUUUUUCUGGUAUUUCUACAAAACGGCUAACUGGAAAAACGAGAACAGCAUCCUGUGUUUUGUUCAUCUCAGCUAAAGAUAAAUUAUCAAAUUUUAAUGUAUACAUCUUUAAUACAGUGGAGAAAAGCCGAGAUACAAAUGCA